AUGCAUGUAUGCAUGUAUAUAUGUAUGCGUGUAUGCGUAUAUAUAGGGCUAGCUAGAGAUAGAGAUAGGGAUAGGGAUAGGGAUAGGGAUAGGGAUAGGGAUAGGGAUAGGGAUAAGGAUAGGGAUAGGGAUAGGGAUAGGGAUAGGGAUAGGGAUAGGGAUAGGGAUAGGGAUAGGGAUAGGGAUAGGGAUAGGGAUAGGGAUAGGGAUAGGGAUGGGGAUGGGGAUGGGGAUACGCGCAUUGCAUUAGUUGGGGUUUAUUUUGGGAGGGAGGGAGGGGGGACGAUUCCAUUUGGGUAG